CGAAAAAUCCCCAAACCCCCUUUUCAACCAGCCCUGUCCUGUCCCCCACAGCGUCCCCCCGCUGCAGACAGGACCCUGCGCACUUUAUUUAUUCCCUCACCCUCCUUCACCCACUCUUUGUUGUUCCUUGGGAGAGAGAAAGAACAAAAAAAAAAAAAAAAAAAAAGAGGGAGAGAGAGAAGAAAAAAAAAAAAAACCCACACAGGAGGAGGCAGGAGUCUAUUUUGCCUCCCAGGCAAUAUUUCUGGAGCCAAUCGGAAUGCGCACCCACCCUGCCCUGCUCCCUAAUUAAAGGCUUUAAGCAGGCGGCCGGGGCCGGAGGUUUGGGCACAGUCUCUCGGUGGCUCCUCACGCAGCAGCCGCAGCUCCGGAUCGCGCUCGGAUCGCGACAGGGCCUCGGCAGCCGCCGGGUUGGGGGGUCCCCGGGCCGGGCAGGCAGCUGCCCCCUCCCCGCCGCCAGCCAUGAGCGGCUCUUUCGACAAGAAGCUCUCCAGCAUCCUGACGGACCUCUCGGGCUCGCUGAGCUGCCACGCAGCCUCCAAGGACUCCCCCACGCUGCCCGAGUCCUCGGUCACCGACCUGGGCUACUACACGGGCCAGCACGACUACUACCCGGGCCAGCCGUACGGGCAGCCCGUGGGCCACUACCCGUACCCCCAGUUCAACCUGAACGGCAUCGGCGCCGCCGGCACCUACUCGCCCAAAUCUGAAUAUUCCUACAGCCCCUCGUACCGCCAGUACGGCCACUUCAGGGAGCAGCAGCUGCCGCCGCAGGAAGCAGUGUCGGUGAAGGAGGAGCCGGAGCCGGAGGUGCGGAUGGUCAAUGGGAAGCCCAAGAAGAUCCGCAAGCCCCGCACCAUCUACUCCAGCUACCAGCUGGCCGCCCUGCAGCGCCGCUUCCAGAAGGCGCAGUACCUGGCGCUGCCCGAGCGCGCCGAGCUGGCGGCGCAGCUGGGGCUCACCCAGACCCAGGUGAAGAUCUGGUUCCAGAACCGGCGCUCCAAGUUCAAGAAGCUCUACAAGAACGGCGAGGUUCCGCUGGAGCACAGCCCCAACAACAGCGACUCCAUGGCCUGCAACUCGCCGCCGUCGCCGCCGGUGUGGGACAGCCCCGGGGGCAGCGCCCGGACCCCGCUGCCGCAGCCGCUGCCCUUCAGCUCCUCCCCGGCGUUUUUGGAGGAGCACAACCCCUGGUACCACCCCCAGAGCCUCGGCGGCCCCCACGGACCCCACCAGGGGCAGGCGGCGCCCCCGAUGCACCACGCGUCCCCCGGGCCCCCCAGCACGGGCGCCGUGUACUGAUGCUUCAGAGACGCUGCUCCGAUUCUUUGGUUUCCUUCCCUUUUU